GGCUCGCCUUUACUCCCAAACCCUCGCCGAAAUCUCUUCUCCCCUCAAGAUUUGCGCCACAUUUUCCACGGAGUGCGAGCUCGCCGAGCCUCGCCGUGGGUGGCGGGUGGGAAGGGCAAGUGCAAGUGCCGCGCCGUGAGAUUCCGGCGAGGGCGCGCGCCAUUUCAGCCGGCGUGGUUCCCGUCGAGGAGUUGCAUUUCGUUCCGCUAGGCAGUGCUGAGGGUGUUGAAUAAAUGACUCGGGCAUCCACAAUUGAUUUUGGACGGAAGACACAGAAUGAUGUCCUCUGGUCAGGGCCAUUGCGCCCUGCAAACUUCAUCAGAAAUAAAUUCCCUACAUACAAGAAGAGUUUGAAUGGGAUAGUUGUCAAAUUGGCCGAUGAUCCAGUAAUUCCAUCUCUUAAAGAGAUUGUUGCCAAGGAAACAGAGGACCUUCUUGAUCGGCGUCAGCGCCUUUCAGUACGUGAGCUCGCGAUGAAAUUUGAGAAGGGUCUUAACACUGCCACGUUGUUGUCUAAUGAGGUUAAAUGGAGACAAGUGGCUUUAUUGGAGCGAGACAUCCUUCUGAAAAAUCUAAAAAAUGUAUUGGAAUCACUGAGAAGUCGAGUUGCAGGGAAACACAAGGAUGAAAUUGAGGAGUCCUUUUCCAUGGUGGAUGUUUUAGCAGUUCAGCUGUCCAAAAGAGAAGAUGAGUUGCUACAGCAAAAGACAGAGGUCGCCAAAAUUGCAACCUCAUUGAAACUGGCUUCGGAAGAUGCCAGGAGAAUUGUUGAAGAAGAAAGAUCUAAUGCUCGCAUAGAGAUAGAUAACGCUAGAGCUGCUGUACAAAAAGUUGAACAAUUAGUUAAAGAGCAAGAAAUUGAUCCUCAAAUAAAUGAGAAACAGGAUGAGGAUGAACUCAAGGAAAAGGCCCAAGAAGCACGAAGAGUGAAGAUGCUGCAUUGUCCCAGCAAGGCAAUGGACAUCGAAAAUGAGAUUGAAGUUCUUCGUGAACAAUUAGCCGAGAAGUCCUCAAAUUGUGUUCAUCUUUUGAAAGAGUUACACCUGCAUCAAAGAUACAAGGAAAACGACAUGUCCUCAUAUGAGCUGGAGGGUCUUGAAAGUUUAGGCUCAAUGUUGCACUUAGUUGCCCAAAGUGAUGGAUUUGUUGAUUUAUCAAAAAGUAGGAUUCAGUGGUUUCGUGUGCAGCCUGAAGGAAACAAGAAAGAAAUCAUUUCAGGUGCCAUAAAGCAAGCAUAUGCUCCAGAUCCUCAUGAUGUUGGGUGGUAUUUGCAAGCUGAGAUAAACCAUUGUGGUCAAAUUUUGGUCGUAAAGACUGCUGGCCCUAUAGAUCCUGCUGCAGGAUUGGUCGAUUGCGUAGAGACUCUUCUAAGGAAUCCUGAAACUGAAUAUAAUGUUGUUGUGCUUCAAGUGAAUGGAAUCAAACAGCCUACCGAUUCCAUUCAUGUCCUCACCAUCGGGAAACUGCGUAUGUGGCUCGCUAAAGGAAAGACGGUUAUCGCAAAGGAGUUCUACUCCUCAUCGAUGCAGCUAUGUGGUAUGAGAGGCAGCGGAGACGCCGCACCUCAGGCGAUGUAUUGGCAACCGAGGAGAGACCUGAGCCUGGUUCUGGGCUUCGAAACUGCCAGAGAACGCAACUGUGCAAUCAUCCUUGCUCGAAGAUUUGCUAUCGAUUGCAAUAUCGUCCUUGCUGGUCCUGGGGAUAAGACUCGCUGUUGAUGGUGAGCAAGGGCUGCACCAGGCCACCAGCCUGGAAGCAUUGUACAUUUGUGUCCAAAUGCAGUAGUUUCAGAUGCUCCAUUUCCUGAUCUGUGUGAGCUGUUUACUGCCUUGUAGAUGCUGUAGAAGUGGAAGUAGGUUCGCCGAGGCAUCGUUUUUACUGCCUUUGCGGGUCAGUCUAGUUUCUUGCUGGGUACUGUACUGUAGUAGGUAUUUCUCAUCCACUUUGUCCAGGCUUGUACUGGAGAUGCUGUUACAGGCCUGUAGCUGUGUCCAGUGCAUGUAACUUUGUUCAUCGAUUGCUAACCAAACUUUGUUCGAGAAGAAAUUGAAUUUCCAGUUGACAUAAAAAGAAAACUUAGU